UGCGCAGAAUCAAAGUCAGCGGGGAGGGAAAGGGCGGGAGGAGAUGAGGCCAACUAAGGAGAGCGCUACUCUUCCUCCCCCCUCCCACUUCCGAGCCGGCAUCUGAGGUAGCGGCUAUAAGCAGCGUGCGGGUAGCAGCUGCCGCCGCCGCCGCAAUAACAGCAGUGAUCAACGCAGUGCGCGCUCACUGGCUCAGAGAGAGAGAGAGAGAGAGAGAGAGAGUGAGUGAGCGAGCGCGCGCGCGCGCGCGAGAGAGAGACCCUUUAGAACGUUCAGAAUAGCACCAGCGCGCACCUCAGGGCCACAUAGGGAACAUAUGUUCUCUCACAUUAUCAGAGAGCUGGUCUUUCCCUUGUACUAGGCCCCAUCCCAUGGUUAUCUUCUCAUACCAGGAGCUUUGAAAAGUCACCAGGAGCCUAUGGAGUAAUUGUGCAUCCUUUACCAGUGCCAGCAUUUAAGGGAAGAACUGCUUUCUGUUUUUUUUUAAGUUCUUGCACCGGGAUACUGUGACAUUUCUGCUCCUUGGAUUGAGAGAUGGAGCAUCUUUAAUCAUUGUUUCUACACCAGAAUCAUAAGGGAUAUUAGCAAAGAAGAAUACACUCUGUCCUUGCAUGUCACAUUGGAAAACAAGUGGAUUAUUAUCUUACUUUCACAUGGAACCUUCUAGUCUUUUUGUGCAUCAUUCAAAUCUUUGCAUUGAGAUUUUCCUGAGUGGGAAGAAAUUACAUCUAUGCAUUUUGCUGUGCCAAAAUAAAUUUGCCUAAUAAACAGAAAUUUUGCCUGGGAUCUAUGGGACGGCCCCUUACAGCUCACAUCAACACCAGGAGUUUGCAGUGGGGCCCUUUGGCAGACAAAGAUUACAACCACCUUUCAUUUGGAUCCAUAGGCUGCCUCUGAACAGAAAACUCUUCCAUAUUUGCCUGAUAAAUCGGAAUCUUUGGACAAAUCAUUUGUGAAAAUACUAGCCUGGCAAAACCUUGGGGCAUCAUCCUCACUCAACCUUUGGCUUUGCUUGUGAAAAAUACAUCAGAUAAUCAUUGAUGUCUAGAUAAUGACAUUGUGUUGGACUGUUUGUGAAUCAAUGCUAGAUAUGAAUCUUUCUUUUGAGAGAACAUUUGGUUACACUGUUGGCGUCUGCCCUUUUGAGUGGUGUUCUUCCUCUUAUUACUUCGCACUCCAGACAACUCUUGGUUAAGGUCAUCAAAGAAGUAAUUAUAUUUUCCCCUUCCAUUCCUGCUGCCAAGAUGGCUUCUGUCCGGUUCAUGGUUACCCCCACUAAAAUCGAUGAUAUCCCAGGCCUGUCAGAUACCAGCCCGGACCUCAGCUCCCACUCCAGCUCCCGGGUUCACUUCAGCUCCAGAGAAAGUGUCCCUGAAACCAGCCGCAGUGAGGGUGCCAGUGACUUCUCUAGAGCAACCACUUCACUGGCUACUGAAGCAGCUGAACCAGCCACCGACAAGACUACCAAUCCCCACACAGAUGUGGCUGAAGAUGUGAGUCAAACUUCCGUCACGGGGGAACAGUAUCAGCUCUUAGAUCCUGGUCACAAGAAGGAUCCUCAUAAUGCCUAUCUCAACAAUAUCAACUAUGAAGACGGCGAUGAAUUCUUCGACAAGAAUUUGGCACUCUUUGAGGAAGAGAUGGAUACCCGGCCGAAGGUAUCCUCCCUGCUCAACCGCAUGGCCAAUUACACCAACCUGAUGCAGGGAGCCCGUGAACAUGAGGAGGCUGAGAAUGUCCCUCCAGGCAAGAAGAAAACUACCAAGUCUCCACAGAUGGGCACAUUCAUGGGAGUUUAUCUGCCUUGCUUGCAAAACAUCUUUGGAGUGAUUCUCUUCUUACGGCUCACCUGGGUAGUGGGUACAGCUGGCGUGUUGCAAGCCUUUGCCAUCGUCCUCAUCUGCUGUUGCUGUACACUGCUAACAGCCAUCUCCAUGAGUGCCAUCGCUACCAAUGGAGUUGUGCCUGCUGGGGGUUCAUACUUCAUGAUCUCACGAGCUUUGGGUCCUGAGUUUGGAGGAGCUGUGGGACUCUGCUUCUACCUGGGCACCACCUUUGCUGCUGCAAUGUAUAUCUUGGGAGCCAUUGAAAUCUUCCUGAUGUACAUUGCCCCCGAAGCGACCGUCUUCCGUAGUGAGGAUCCCCUGAAGGAGCCAGCAGCCAUGCUCAACAACAUGCGGGUGUAUGGUUCAGCCUUCCUGGUGCUUAUGGUGCUGGUGGUGUUUGUGGGUGUGCGUUACGUGAAUAAGUUUGCCUCUCUUUUCCUUGCCUGUGUCAUCGUCUCAAUUGUGGCUAUCUACGCUGGAGCCAUCAAGUCCUCUUUUGCACCUCCAGACUUCCCCAUAUGCAUGCUGGGGAACCGCUCCCUCUCCCAGCACCACAUUAAUGCAUGUGCCAAGACUGAGGUGCAUGACAACCUCACCCAACACACUCUUCUCUGGGAACGUUUCUGCAACACUAGCAAGCAUCGGAAUGCCUCCUGUGAUGAGUAUUUUCAACACAACAAUGUCACUGUUAUCCAGGGUAUUCCAGGGCUGGCCAGUGGCAUUAUUGCUGACAAUCUUUGGAGCAACUACCUGGUGAAAGGCGAGAUCAUUGAGAAGCCAUCGUUGCACUCAGUUGGUGUGUGGGGAAGUCUGAACCAGCAGUACGUGCUAGCCGAUAUCACCACUUCCUUUACUCUUCUUGUGGGCAUCUUUUUUCCUUCAGUCACUGGGAUCAUGGCUGGAUCAAAUCGUUCUGGGGACCUGAAGGAUGCCCAGAAAUCUAUUCCCAUUGGUACCAUCCUGGCCAUUCUUACCACCUCCUUUGUGUAUCUUAGCAACGUGGUACUGUUUGGGGCUUGUGUGGAAGGUGUCGUGCUCAGAGACAAGUUUGGUGACACAGUGAAGGGAAACCUGGUGGUGGGGACAUUGUCCUGGCCCUCUCCUUGGGUCAUUGUCGUCGGGUCAUUCUUCUCCACAUGUGGAGCUGGGCUGCAGAGCCUCACUGGUGCCCCCCGACUGCUGCAAGCCAUAGCUAAGGACAACAUCAUACCCUUCUUGCGGGUAUUUGGCCAUGGCAAAGCCAAUGGUGAGCCCACCUGGGCCUUGCUCCUGACAGCAGGCAUUGCAGAACUAGGGAUCCUUAUUGCCUCUUUGGAUAUGGUAGCCCCCAUCCUAUCUAUGUUCUUCCUGAUGUGUUACCUGUUUGUCAACCUAGCCUGUGCCUUACAAACGCUGCUACGCACCCCCAACUGGAGACCCCGCUUCCGGUACUAUCAUUGGGCACUCUCCUUCAUGGGCAUGAGUAUCUGUGUAGCACUCAUGUUCAUCUCCUCUUGGUAUUAUGCCAUCGUUGCCAUGGUGAUAGCUGGAAUGAUCUACAAAUACAUUGAGUACCAUGGGGCCGAGAAGGAGUGGGGGGACGGCAUCCGUGGCCUGUCCCUCAGCGCAGCCCGCUUUGCCCUGCUGCGUCUCGAGGAGGGGCCACCCCACACCAAGAACUGGAGGCCACAACUGCUGGUGCUGCUAAAGCUGGACGAGGAUCUGCAUGUGAAGCAUCCACACCUGCUCACCUUUGCCUCUGAGCUGAAAGCUGGCAAGGGCCUCACCAUCGUAGGCUCCGUCAUGGUGGGCAACUUCCUGGAGAGCUACAGCGAGGCACUGGCUGCUGAGCAGACUGUCAAGCACCUGAUGGAGGCAGAACGGGUGAAAGGUUUCUGCCAGGUCGUAGUAGCUACCAAAGUGCGAGAGGGCAUCUCCCACCUCAUUCAGUCCUGUGGGCUGGGUGGUAUGAAGCACAAUACUGUGGUGAUGGGGUGGCCCAAUGCCUGGCGCCAGAGUGAGGAUGCCCGUGCUUGGAAAACCUUCAUUGGUACUGUCCGUGUGACUACAGCUGCUCAUCUAGCUUUGCUCGUAGCAAAGAAUGUGGCCUUCUUCCCCAGCAAUACAGAUCCUUUCUCCGAGGGGAACAUUGAUGUCUGGUGGAUCGUGCAUGAUGGUGGGAUGCUGAUGCUACUCCCGUUCCUUCUCAAGCAGCACAAGGUGUGGCGUAAAUGCAAAAUCCGCAUCUUCACGGUAGCCCAGCUUGAGGACAACAGCAUCCAGAUGAAGAAGGAUCUGGCAACCUUUCUCUAUCACCUCCGCAUUGAGGCAGAGGUAGAAGUGGUGGAAAUGCAUGACAGCGAUAUUUCUGCUUACACUUAUGAGCGCACCCUGAUGAUGGAGCAGCGAUCCCAGAUGUUGCGGCAAAUGCGUCUGUCCAAGACAGAGCGGGACCGAGAGGUAAACUGGGCUCAGACAAGGUGGGAAGGGUUUAAAAGAUUAGCAGUUUUUAGUGGCUUCUUGAUUGAUCUUCCUGGGAUGCCUCUCUCACAGGCCCAGCUGGUGAAGGACAGGAACUCGAUGCUGCGGCUGACCAGCAUCGGCUCAGAUGAUGAUGAAGAGACUGAGACUUACCAGGAAAAGGUGCACAUGACGUGGACCAAGGACAAGUACAUGGCAUCCCGUGGGCACAAACCCAGGACCCUGGAGGGUUUCCAGGAUAUGCUCAACAUGCGGCCAGACCAGUCCAACGUGAGACGUAUGCACACAGCUGUCAAGCUGAAUGAGGUCAUCGUCAACAAGUCCCAUGAGGCCAAACUGGUGCUGCUCAACAUGCCAGGCCCACCACGUAACCCUGAGGGUGAUGAGAACUAUAUGGAAUUCCUGGAGGUCCUGACAGAGGGGCUAGAGCGGGUGCUGCUUGUCCGUGGUGGCGGCAGUGAAGUCAUCACCAUCUACUCCUAGGGGAGCUGGGAGGGCUUCCUCCUGAGGGACUCUUCUGUCAAAUUGACAUCUGCUUCCUGCCUAUUACCACCUGCCACUUGAUCUCCCAAGGAGAUCAGCUAUCAGUGCCAUGUCUCCUUUGCUUUCUCUCCCCUGUGGCAGUUUGGGGUCUUCAGAUAGGAUGGUUUUCCCCUUUUGGAGGAUGGAGGGCUGACAUUUUCCCUUUGGCUUCUAUCAAGGUAGAGGCACACGCCAGAAAAGUGCACAAGUUUGUUGUGAAAGGAGACUGAGACUUGAUUGAGCUGGGAGAUGACUCUGUCUUCCCUUCAACAAGUGCAGAACUAGUGAGGCAAGUAUUAUUUUGGAGGUCAAAAAGAGCAAAAAUGUAGGGUGUUUCCACCUUAAGAGUUGCUACUGCUGCUACCCUCUGAUAACAUUGAUUAAAAUGAAGCAACGGGUCCUCCAGCUGGAACAUGGGUGCUUAAGAACAGGUGUAGAGACUGUUACAUGUAGUUAUUGAAACAAGAAGAGAGGGGAGUGCUGCUGGGAGGACCUAGAGGGAAGGAGAUGCCAUCUCCAUUGUGCCAUUUUCUUUUGGUCAGUGCCAAAAUCUUUGUUUCUUUCCCUUAAAAUCAAGGAUACGGGAGCAUUUAGGAAGAUGGAGCUGACUUUUAUAGCAACUGCCCCUUACCCUCAUCUCUUGUGGGAUUGUAAAACCCAGAUUAACUGUUUGCUGGGGGAGGAGUGGUUGACUCUUAAACCAGGGUGGCAUAUUGAUGGGGAAACAUACGUAACUGCCCUACUUCCUUUCCCCUACGGCUCUCACGUUCCUGGCUGGGCAAGGAAUGUAGACCAGUUUUCCCAGUCUGUAGUUGUUCCGUAGAACUAACGGACAGGGCAGAAGAGGUUAUAGCGUCUGGUUGCUAUGUAUAGGCUGAGAGGAAGAAGAGAUAAAUCACAUCUCUUCUCUAACCCAUAGGAAAGAAGCAGAGCAAUUUCUGACUUUUGUAACGUGCUCUCUGCUCCUAACUGGGUACCCCUCUCCUCCCCCAAACUUGGCCAAGAGAAGACUACUGUGACCCCCCCCCCCCCAAGCCAAGAUUGUCCCUUUUAAAAAUAGGUGUCUAUACUGUUUUUGUGAGUGCUGGGAAAUAAGUCCUUCCUCCUCCUGCAGAAGCAAACACUGGAAAAGGUGCUGUGUCUGUUUUGUCCUACCCAAUUUCAAUGAUGGAUGUCUAAUUCUUCUCCUCACACCCCUUGCUCAAGAAUAGUAUGCAGGGACCACUCCUCUUGGAGUAGCCUUAAAGCAGAUUCAUCUCCAGCCACUCCUCCAGUUUUAUUUUAAAAGGGACAUUCACAUAAGUUUUUCAUCUUUUAUAGGGGGAGGCUUUUUAAUUUAUUGGGGGGUGACUCUGUUUACAUAUAGCAUCAAGUUUUGAGGUGUGAUUUUUUUGCUUCCUGAAUUAUGUAAAAAUAAACUUUUUAUAUUUAA